AUGGGAUGCAUUCGGAGCAAACCGAUUCAUCGACAGGAUGAAAGCGAGGAUGAGUACGUCUUCGAUAGCCUUGAUGAAUCUCAAUCUACUGGAUGCAAGCUGAGCAUCGUCGAAAGUAAAUCCACUGAAAACUCCUCUGACGUCAGGAGCCUACCAGAGAAGUUGGAUAUUGGGAAUGAUUAUCAUGUUGCGAUCACCCAACGGAUCGUUUCCACCUCAAACGACAACAAUGAGGAAUCUUCUGAUGAUAUCAUGACACAGAGAGUACAACUCAUCAAGGAUAUUGCCGACCUUCAGAUGGCUGAUUUAAGAAUGGCAAGGGAAAGGUUUCACAGAACCAUUAUCCAAAGAGAUGCCAGGAAAGUAGUUGCCUUACUGAAGAGUCAAUCAUCCACUGAUGACACACAGAUUGAUGGAGAGAACGAAUCUUCUGCAAAGAAAGUUGCACUCUGGCAAUUAGAGGAGGAGGAGCAGAAGAAAGAGGAGGAGGAGGAGACUGAGGAGGAGGGGGACAAGGGGAAAAUGGAAGAGGAGAAUGAGCAAGAGGAGGAGGAGGAAGGGAAGAGCCUUUCCGAAGACACAGCUGUACCCGAAUUUAGAUAUUUUCAGGAUAUCAUCGCCUCUCAGAUGGAAGAAAUGAGAGAUGCGCGGGAGAGACUUCAUCGAUGCGUUAUCAUGAGAAACGCUAUGAGAGUGGUGGAGGAACUGAGGAGACAGUCUACGAGUGAUACGGAAGAGGAGAAGGAGAAAGAAGAUGGAGAGGAGGAUCAGGACGAAGGAAAGGAAGAGGAAUCCGACAAGGAUAAUGAGGAUGACGAGAACGAGGAGGAUGACCAUAAAGACGACGACGGAAAGGAAGAGGAGUCUAGCAAAGAUAAUGAGGAGGAAGACGAUAGGGAUAACAAAGGAACGGAAGGGGAAUCUGACAAGGAUAAUGAGGAUGACGAGGACGGGGAAGGCGAGAAGGAAGAUGACCAUGACGAAGACGAAAGAAAGGAAGAAGAGUCUGACAGGGAUGAUGGGGAUGACAAUGGAGAUAACAAAGAAAAGGAAGAGGAGUCAGACAAAGAUAAUGAGGAGGAUAACGAUGAUGACCGAGGAAAGGAAGAAGAUUCUGACAAGGAGAAUGAAGAUGAAGCGGAUGACGAGGAAGUCGAGGAGGAGGAGCAGGAUGACAAUGAAGAUGACAACGGAAAGGUAGAGGAGUCUGACAAGGAGAAUGAGGAUGACGAGGACGAAGAAGAUGAAGGGGAGGAUGACAAUGAAGAUGACGUCGAGGACGAGAAGGAUGCUGAAAAUGACGAGAUUGAUGAGGAAGCGAAUCACGAAGUGGAGAAGGAGGAGGGAGAAAAGGAUGGAAAGAGCAAUGAGGAGGAGAAGAAGGAUGACAAGAAAGACGAGAAGGGACAGGAAGAGGAGCAGUUUCAUGAUGAAGAAACAGACGAAGACGCAGAAACCGAUUUCAGCUAUUUUCAGAACAUGGUCCAGGCUGAGAUGAGCAGAAGAAUUGAGAGCUGCUCGGGAAAGAAUACACAGUUGCGUUAUAAGAAGAGACGCAUGGAGAGUAGUGGAGGAACUGAGGGGACUCUCCCUCAGUGA